UAAAAGAGGUAGGAGACGAGUCCGAUUUAUUACAGCAUCAGCCUAAAAGUAUUGCAGAUGAAUAAUAUCUUCUGGAGAGGGCGUUCCUUUCUCUAAAACAGGGAUGAUUCACGGGCUCGAGCCAGUGUGUGAUGCGACUCCACACAGAAAACUCUCUGACAAUCAUUCAUCUCAAUAGCUGUUCUGUGGCACACCACUGAAAUGAGCACAAAAAUGCCACAAGACUGCAUGAGUCUGACAGGCGGAUGCAGGUGAAGAGUUGACUGCGAAAGAAGAUCUAUUGCAUAAUCACUUCGGAGCACAAAGAGAGGCAGCGAGGGCGCUUCAUUUUGAACUAUGGCGGCAACACACCACAUUCUUCUGACAUAAAUUUUGAUUAGCUAUGUGAAAACGUGCCAUCUUGGAGAACAGCGACGAAUUGCUGGAUAUAAAAACCAUCCUUCCUCAAAACUUUCAAGUUUAAAUAGUCGCUAUCAGAGGCUGCCUGCAUGUUUAGGCUACUACCUGUGCUAUCAAUUAACACUAAUCUGACUCGCAUCUGUCAUUUGGUAGGGCUUUUAAACCGAAAUCGGAAGCUUUUGGAGGUAGGCUAUUUGUUUUUGCAGGUUACUCAACCUCAUUCUCAGAAGCCGUUCAAAUGCUGGAAUGGAUAGGUGCUGCUUGUUUUAUGGUUUUAAUGGCCAUUCUCUGGCCAGUGGUCAAGUGUUUUGGAGCGGAGAGUCACUCCACGCUGCUGCUGCCACGGCGCGAGCGCAAGAGAUCCGCGGAGAGAUGCGACUCGAAACCAGAGGGACAAGGUGAAUCCGACGCGCUCGCCUUGAUAUGCAAACCCUCAGCGCUGGCAAACUACCUUCUCAAACAUUGCAUGAGUUUUUGCAAGUCUUUAUCGAUACCAAAAUGGAACUGGCGAAUGAGUUCGUCUUUGCAGACUGUUUUCGGCGCUUUGUGGCCGUUUGACUGUCCGGUACAUUUCAUCCGAGAUCAUUUGCAGUUGAGUGAUGAUGGGCUCGUGGCGUUGGACUGGGCUGUUGUUGGUGCAGCACAUUACAAGAGACGCAGGACGUCCAGUAAUUCCACAAGUCCAGUUCUGCUCAUCAUUCCAAACUCUUUUGGGAAAAUCACCAGGAAUGUGCUAAAGCUCUGUGAGGCAGCUCUGAGUCACGGCUACCUUCCUGUGAUCUUCAACCGCCGAAGUCAAAAUGGGACGCCGCUCUGUACUGUGAAGCUGCAGCAGUUUGGUGACCCGACUGACCUGCGGGAAGCAGUACGCUACAUUCGGUACCGACAGCCAGCGGGUCAGAUCUACGCCGUGAGUGAGAGCACUGGUUCAGGACUCCUGCUGUCCUACUUGGGCGAGUGCGGCUCCUCCAGCUACGUGACGGCUGCAGCCUGCAUGUCUCCAGUUUUCCGCUGCCAGAGCUGGUUUGAGAGUGGCCCGACCUGGCCGUUCCACUGGGCUCUUGUGCUUUACCAAAAAAUCUGCCUCAGCAGGUAUAAAACUGUGCUCGGAGAGCUUGUCCACACAGACAGUUUAUUCUCCAGCUGCUCUUUGAAGGCAAUGGAGGAGGCCCUGUUCUGUCAUUCUGGCUUGAAAGGGACGACGGAGGGGGCAGGUAGCUGGGAGACAUACUGGGAACGUAACGAUCCACUGAGGGACAUAGAUGAAGUGGCCAUUCCUGUUCUGUGUGUGUGCAGCCAGGAUGACCCUAUCCGAGGGGAGCCUCAGGCCACGCUACCGUUAGAGCUUUUUGAGAGCAACCCACAUUUCUUCCUGCUUUUGACUGCCCACGGAGGCCACUGCGGAUUCUCCACAUCAGAUGAGGGCCCGAUCGUCUGGAGCCACCAGGCUGUACUGGAGUUCUUUCGGGCCACCACUGAUUUCUUUGCUGCGGAGGAGCGAGCUAAGCUGGUGGCCCGGCGGAGGGGUCUGAGCGGGGCUGGCAAGACUUUCCGCCAUCGCAGUGUCAGCACAUGCAAAAGACUGCCUGUCUGCUCGCAUAACAUUCAUGCCAUUUACAACUGGCAGAGGUCCUACACCAGAUGAUGAUGUGCUCAGAGGGUCCUCACUUUGUUUGGGAUUACAGAGAGACUGAAAUAGCCAAGAACACUGCCAGAAAAGGAUCAGUUAGAACCCUUUGUCUGACCUGCUGUUCGUCACAGCCAAGAAAACCAGCAGCUGAGUCAAAAUAUCUCUGUUUACAUUCAGGACUAUUCAGAAUUUGGACUACCUUUGUCAACAGAUAGAUCGCGCCUGUCUUUGAGGAUGUAAAAACAUUCGAUUUUUGUGAAGAAAAAUAUUUAAAGCUGAAGUAGAACAUUAGAAAGGUGGGGUUACUGAAUCAUAGUUUCAAAUGUUCACAUUCAAUUGCAAAAAUAACUUUUUAAUCAGUAUUUUUGAUUGUAUCUUUGGUAAUAAAAAUCCUUAAAAUAAUGUUUUGGUUUUAGAUAACAAGACUUGAUUAGAUAUCUCAAAAUAAAUUUCUUACCACAUUGUAAGUUUUUGGCUCGCUAAAUUGACAAAUUUGUGGUUCAAACAAGAAAAUAAUAGUUUGCUAGUUUAGUAAGUAAACCAAAAAAUUUGAUUGGAUUUCUUGAAAUAAAUUUCUUAGUCCACUGGCAAUUUUUUGGUUCACUAAAUUUUGUAAGAUAUUUUCUGAAAACAAGUUUUGCUUCUCAAAUUCACCUUAAAUAUGUUAAGAUUUUUUAAUAAUACAAAUACUGAUUAAAAAUAUUUUUUGCAUCACUAAAUGGCAGUAAAUACUUUAGCCUUAAAUUAAAUUUUUUAAAAGUCUUUUUCAAAGGGAUUGGUCCAAAUGUUUCAGUACUUCAUUCCAAAAUUUAGUGAAGAUUAAAACUGUUAGUGGCUACAUAGUGGCCUUUCCUUUUGGUGCUUUGGACGUCAGUAAUAUUCUGCCCCCUCUGCAUUAGAACAUUCUCUGCAUACGAUAAUGAAAAGUGACAUUCUGUAAUUUUCUCUGUAUAAUACUGUUUUUCUGAUAGAUUGCUAGUUUAUUUAGAUAUGUCCCCACAGUAAAAGAAGUAGCCUGUGGAUUCAGAGUAAAGAGUCAGUCAGCACUGCUGGGGUUUCACAUGACGUCAUUCUGAGGUUUCAGGGAAAGCUGGUCACCCAUUGACAUGGGUGGAGCUCCAACACUGAUUUAUUUUCCCCUCUGUUUUUCUUUUCUGCCUCUCCUAUCUCCAUCUCAAAGAUUUUUGUAAUGUGUUUCUGGUGUCUGUGAACACGGGUGCUUUAAUUAAAGGGUUUUGGCUAAACACA